AUGGAAGUUAGUUCACAAGAAAGUUUAAGUGAUCAGGAUAAUAUAGAAUGGGUGUCUGGCAAUAGUAAGCUGAUACCUACUACGCCUCGUUCAAAUAACGUUAACGUUAAAAACCAUAAUUACAACCAAGAAUACAAGAUACAGUUGAAAGUAAUUACUUUUAACAAAAGAACAUGUAUUCGUAUGUUUUCUUCUGGAGCUGGAGAUAUGGCGUUUUUAGUACGUGGAAAAACACGAGAAAUUUCGAUUUGUUUACAUAAUAUGAAAGAUGAAAUUGUUAUAAAUGUUAAAGAAAUCGAAGAAUUCCGAAUUGCCAAAGACAGAUCUAUUAUUUUAAAAUUGAAUCCAAUUUUUGAUCGAACGUACCUAUAUCACUCUGGAGGAUAUCCGUACAAGGACAAUGCAGUGAGAUUAUAUAAAGAUCCUACAAACGAUCAUUUUUCUGAUUUGAAUUGUUUAAAUCUUAAACCUGAAGCUUUCACAAAAUAUGGAGAAAUAUAUGAAGUAGAAAAGUUUAUAAAAAAAUUAAUGAAUGAGACGGGUCAAUUAAAUAAGGCUACGUUUAAUAACUGGACAACAUAUAAUCCUAGAAGUAUUAAAAAUGAUGAUUCAAAGGAAGAAGAUCAUUCAUUGAACUCAAAAGGGACACUUCAACCAAAUUCGACUUUGAAAUCAUCAGAAGUCGCGACAGUUCAACAGAGAGAAAUAUACAUUACAUGUAUAGUUCCUAUCCAAAAACGCGCGGUUAUUUAUCCUAGUGACGGAUUAUUAUGUCACUUUCAAUUUUACUUAAAGCAAAGGUUUGGAUGGAAGUGGGAAAGAAUGUGGUAUAAUAAUAAAGGAGUGUGGACCUUGUUGAAUGAUGAGGAAGAAUGGAAACGGGCUAAACGACGUGUCCAAUAUAGAAAAUUACCAAGGUUGGAGGUGUUUAUGAGAUAA